UCGGUAAUCGUGAUGUCGGCGGCUGUACGGUUCCCGUAGGCAGGGCGGGCAAGGCUCGUAGCCGCUGGCUACCGAAAGCGGAAAAAAAGAAAGUGCCCCUCUGCGUUAAUCGGUGCUAUACGAUUAAAGAAGUUCCACCGGCUCGUUAAGAGUGUCCACACAGUCCGUGCCUCGUUUGCAGUGUGCCAGUGGUGUUCGCGCUGGUACCGCGCGAUGACCGUCUCCAACGUGAUCCGUGGAGCCGCGAACACGGCCGUGUUUACAUUGUGCUUAACCGCAUCCAUUCGCCUUCUCGUUGCCACCUGUACCGCAUCAUUACUACAACGUCGUCACCUGUAACAGCGGCACCAAACGAACCCGCGCGCGCGUGCGUCCAACGAUGGUGAACUUUGCCAAGGCGCUCGUCACCAAGGCGUGGAAGUUGGUGCUGGGAUUUUUCGGCGUUCUUCGCCGAGCGAUGUGCUGCUUCCGCAAGCGCCGCAGGGCGUCAGACGUCGGACUGCCCGUCUACCUUACUGCUCACGGGACAGAGCCUUGCAGUGUGCAGCAGCUGACGGACGAUCUUCAAAGCUGGGACUCUUGGAACGAAGAGAACGGGCCUGUCUCAGUCCAAGUGGACUCUUCAGGGAACCAGGGCACAGCGGGGGGUUCCCAAAGACACGCUGCGAUCGGCAAUGGUCCUUCGAGUGGACGACCAUCUGGCCCUGGCAAUCGUGGUGCUGGGGACCUGAGACAAGACUCGCAGAGUGAUGACGACGUGGACUUCUUCAAGGACAUGGCACCCACCAACAUCCGGCAGAAGAAGUACAUACUUCGUAAUGAAGAUGGUCUCGGGGCCGUGCCCAGUGGUGGUCUCUCUAGUCGUCUCAAGUUUGAUGCAAGGGCUGUGCUCCCGUACCAAGGUGCCGAAUUAGGUGUGCUCGAGGACAGUGGUGACACUGCGGAGGCCAGCUGGGAGGACGAGGCGGAGCUAGAGGUGGACUCUGCAAUCCGCGAGAAGCGCCAAGCCGAGAGGGAGCGCCGCAUCGCGGAGCACCAGCGAAGGAAGCGCGAGAAAGAGCAGCAGCGCACCACCAGCAGCAGCAUUGCUCCCACAGCCAGCGGCAGCAGUGCUCCGCAUUCGUCGCCGCCCAGCACUAGGCGGAAGGUCUUCUAAGGGGGCUGUUGACAGCCACUCUCCUUCACGCACCAUGCACACCUUGGGAGACUAGAAAUGGGCUACUGCCUUUGUUGGCUUUGUGGUCGGUGGUCUUAAGCUGCAGUAAAGGCAGUGGUUGCUUCUUCAAGAAUUUGUUCCGCAACUCCGUGUCUUCGCAAACUGGCACCCAUGCAAACCCAACACAAACUGCCCAGUGAGGUGUGCGCUCACAACCAAGUGACUGGUGACAUAUUGUUCGAGAUACAAGGACCUUAAAGGAACGAUCUUUUGCCAUUAUCAUUUUUGUGGCUUUCAAGUUCAAGGAUGUCCAUUCUGGACCGUAUGUUGGCUUGUUGACUUCGAGGAUGACACACAACAGUCGUCCAAGGCACAUUGACUGCAGCGUUUGGGGUGUGGCACGCGUAACCGUAUUGUACAGCAAGGGUGCAAGCAGUGAUGUCGUUUCCAGCACCAGAGAAUGUAUCGCUAUACUUUUCUUUUUUUAAUAGUUAGCAGGUGUGCUGUUACAGGUUUAUAGUUUGGGUGUGUUCCUUAUAGUACAUAGAGUGCUAACUGGGACUGUUGGUGCGUACCUGGUUAAUGAGGUAAUCGGCGCUUAAAGCAGGGGAUAAAGCAGACGACAAACAAUGGGUGCAGACACGUUACUCGUGUUUCUUGUCUGCUUUUCAUCCCAUUUUAAAUGCCUUUUCUUCGAGCAGCUGAGUCUCUAGUAUUCCGGGGAGAGCCAGGAGACCUGUGCAACGCAUUGGUAAACACUUUGUUCCUUCGGUGUUACGACAUCCAUGAGCGGGAACGACCAGUUUGGGGGCUCCCUCGCCUGUGAUAGAAGUGCACAUUGCUCGGUCGGCUUUCAUUCGUGGCUGUGUUUGUCUCUCGGGGCCUGUUUGAGUCGAACGCAAGAGCGAAUUGUUGAGAGCGACUGCAAGUGAUUACUGCAAGAGUAAAAUAGAGUCCUGGUCCACAUAUUUUCUAUGGUCUACUAUACUAGUGCGUGUGUCUUUUAUAAUGUAUGUUGUUUACGGCUGCAGCGCAUGUGGCGAGGUGUUUGUAAUGUGUUAAGUGCUAAGACAGUGUCACAUCGCUACACAUUGGUUCACACGCCCCUUUCACAUCACUCUCAAGUAAGUGGCACAGUGAUUGGUCCCAGAUUUGUAAAUGUGUAAUAGGUUGUUGUACUUCCUACAAUCGAAACAAGAUAUACCACCAAAUGAAUUAUUUCUGAGCACAAUUUCUGCCUGCAUGGGUUCAUGCGCUUCAGCUAGCUCUUGUACAAAAGUCGCAGAAGUUUCUUAGCUGGUAUCGCGAAAGUACUCAGUUGCCCUACUGUCCAUCACAGAGUAUGUAGUGUUUUCUGUUCAGAGAGCUGCAACUGCGUGCAAGUAUUAGUGAAUUUUGCGUGGGUAAGAUAUAGUUAAACAUAGGUGCACUAGUGUGUGUGUGUUCUGAUUUGGCUGUCAUUUAGUGUGCUUUUGUACAGUGGUGAUAAUGUGCACUGGAUUUGCUCACGAUGGCUCAAAGGAAUGCAAGUCAAAGCCUAUAGAAGGCAGGAAACAAUAGCGUACAACCUGAUGCCUCUCCCAAAUCAUGGUUACAAGAAAGCCCUGCAGUGCGAUAUGCGAGGGCUGCCGAACAAGAAAUAGUUCAUGUCCACCUUUGUUGAAUUUUGGCCGUCUGCAGUGGAUUGAAAAUUCGAUGCAUGGGUGUUUCUUUUUUGGGGGAUGCCACAUGCACUGUCUCAUGCCUGUUCAAUGGAAAAGCAGUCAAGUGUUUCCUGUGCAUUGUGUUGCAAAAGCUUUUGCAUGUUUGCGGUGUGACGGUUUAUUCUGACACAGUCGUUUGGCCACAGCGCUUGGUUUGCUGAAUAUGGUUUACUGUGGAGGCCCAGAUCACGAUUGCUCUUGGCUCUUGGCUCUAAUCUAAACAUUGCACAUAACUUUCUUAGGCUCUGUUCUUAUGGAGUCUGUUGCUAAAGCAUUACAUAAAGCCAUUGUGUAGAUGGGGAAAUAUACUAGUCACAGCUAGUUUAGCUGUUUUUGAGUCAUUACAGAGGCACCUCUUGUUAUUAUCCCAUAAGUGAGUAUUGUGCAUGAUUUCAGCUGUGUCAUGUAGAGCUUAGUUCCUGCAUCAAUGAGUGGCCAGAUUAGCAAGUUUUUUUUUUUUUUUUUUGUCAUCUAAGAAUGUCUAUGCUUUCCUCUUUCUUUAACUGGUUUGUAAUGGUGCGUUUAGCGGAAUUUUGUGUGCAUGCUUUUCACAAUCUGUUGCAAAAAAUUUUGUUAUAUCUUUUUUGUGCACCUAUACUGAAAGUGCGGUAAAAUUUUCGUGGCUGGCUUUGCUGUUGGUAUGAUGCUAUGUUAAAAAUGAAGGGUUGUCGAGUGAAAGAAAGGCACAACCCACAUUGCUGAACUUUCUCAAUUCUGUGUAAAAAUGUGUGCUGUGCCAGAACUUCUGUUUUGCAUGAACAAUUCUUGUCGGGUAUUUCCACAUGUAAUAAUGUAAAAAGAGAAAGGUGAAAUUAACCUGCACGGAAAAGCUUUGCUUCAUCUAAGUUUGGUUGUUGAUUCCAAAACCUGCUUUCAUCUCAGUCAAGUUGCUUUUUGUUAAAAUAGGGUCUCUCACCGUCUCUGUGUAAAGGAACCGCAGCGACUUCUUUUCGCAAAGUUCUGCCUUGCUCUUGGCACAUUUCUCACAAGCCUGCUUUUCUGUACAAACAUGGCGUGUGACUUGUACCAACAACACCAACUGCGUCUAACACAAGUUUCAGUAGAUUCCUGGCAUGAAGAUGGCUGUUCUGUUGGAACAUGGUGGAAACGUGUUGGAUGUGUUUGUUAGUAUGACUAGUUGCACGUUGGAUCAUACACAAAAUAGUAAUGUGUGUCCGGCGCUCAAGCCACAAUGGGGCACUGCAAAUGGUAGUAAACUGCUGUAUGACGAGGGACAAUUAAUCGGUACUAUCAGACCGGCAGCUGCCUACUGCUCUUGAAUGCUAACCAGGGGCCAGAUUACAGCUCCAGCUUGCACGCACUGUCAUGUGCAGCUUUGACCAGAGUUGGCUGCUCAUAUCAUUGAUGUGCACACGUAGAGACACGGCAUUUUUGCCAAUAUUGGUUACCUAAUACGACGGACAAAAAAUGAGUGGAAUUGGAAGAAAGAUUCUUGAAAAUUACCACCGCAGGGCUGGUGUAGUGCAACAAUUGUUUUCAUUUGAUCCAGUCUUGUCAUCUGCCAGGCCAGCCAGCCCAGCCUGAUGAUGACAUACAGGCACCGCCACUGAGAAGGGUAUGAAAACAAUAGCGUUGGAAUGGAGCAGGAAUUAAGCAGAAGGUGCACAGUAUGAUUCUGCAUGUGAUGUAACGUGCGACUAUAUAGUUGUACCAACAGCCACAUCCACCAAGUUUACAACAGGAUUCAACCAACUCCAACAAGGAGAUGGCUGCUGUGACUGUUGGUACAUGUCAGAAACUUGUACAUGUUUGUUGGUACGAGUCAUUGUGUGUUGGAUCGUGCAGGAAGUCGUAGUGUGUGUCCGGCAUUAUUCUGGCUCUGAUAUUGCAUGCCGUGUUAGACAAACAGUGCGCACAAUGUUUUCAUUGCAAACACACUUAAAUCUGCCUAUGUGUUUGCGUAUCUACUGGCCUAAUUCAUCAGACAAUAAUGCCGAUCAUAUAACAAUGAAUGUAGUUGCGAGUGGGGCCUUGUAUUUUACAUGCUUUCAUUACCUUUCUUCAUGCUACACGGUGAAAUGCUUAUUCUUGUGGGAAAGCAAGAGCAUCCACUCUCCUGGCAAGUGUGUAGAUGUUUAUGCACCAUGUUCCGAUUAAUGUAUGAAGCAUGGGUGUGGUGUCACCAGGCGAUGUCUUAAAAGCCCAAAUUUGCCAAUCACUUGGCAGACAAAAGCCCAAGUCUAGCUCCUGAAGCUCUCAUUCGUGGCAUGGUUGAUGGGCGCAUUCGUAAUUCAGCUUGCCGAAGGCACGGGCUCCUGUGUCUGAGAACUGUGGCAUCACAAACAUGCCACAUUGGUUCUAGAGUGUUUGUCACUAUUGCAUUCAUUCAGUUCAAUUCGUCCUCAAGCAUAUGGCUGGCCCGUGCCUUUGAGUAGUGUACUCUUUUAAAGAGAACACAGCUUGAGCAGUUAAGUGGAUAUCUCGUUUUGUGCACUUGCUGCCUUUGUGCAGCUGUCUGCCCAGGAGAGCUCCAGUCAUUCACACUUGUAAAACAAAAAUUUUUGGCGCUGAGCUAGCAUUUUCUUUUGGUGCCAUUGAUUUGGAUGCAUAGAAAAAGGUAUGAAGGAUGUGGGGCAAUGUGUCGCUUAAGGAGAUGGGAUUAUUGUUCUGUAUAAUAAAACAUUUUCAAAUUAUUAAAA